GUAUUUAUUAAAAUUAUGAAGCUACUAGUGAUGUUACUUUUGGUGUGUGCAUUGACGAUAUGUCUUUGCGACAGUGCUCCUUUAAAUUCAGAUCAGAAGAUCAGAGUUAAACGCCGCAACAAAACAAAAAUAAUAAUCAAAAGUUACGGGCACGAUUACGGUGGUAUCGGGGUUGGUUAUGGGGGUGGAUAUGGGGGCGGUUAUGGGGGUGGUUACGGAGGAGGCGGUGGUUACGGCGGCGGCGGCGGCGGUUUCGGCGGCGGCGGCGGUUUCGGCGGUGGCCAUGGGGGCGGCGGCGGUUUGGGAGGAGGCCACGGAGGCGGCGGCGGUUUGGGAGGUGGCCACGGCGGCGGCGGUGGUCUCGGAGGAGGUCACGGCGGCGGUGGCGGAUUAGGAGGCGGUGGCGGCUUCGGCGGUAGCAACGGUGGAGGCCACGGUGGAUCCGGCGGAUUCGGAGGUGGCCAUGGCGGCGGUGGCUUAGGCGGUGGCCACGGUGGCGGCGGCGGUGGUGGAUUAGGCGGUGGCCAUGGCGGUUCCGGCGGCUUCGGUGGCAACGGCGGCGGUCAUGGCGGACAGGGAGGAUAUGGUGGAAGCGGCGGAUUCGGAAGUGCCAGUGCUAAGGCUAGCGCCAGUGCCAGCUCCAGCGCUGGCGGCGGCGGCGGAUACAAAGGCGGAUACGGACGUUAAGACCACAGCUUCCAGGCAGAGAUUUGAAAACCCCAAUGUGAUAUUUUAGAUAUAUUUUGCCAUAAUUUUAUAGAUAUGUAUGUAAUAAACGGUAUGUUUCUUUAA